AAGUGCUCUGCGAGAAUGGAACGUUGCGAAGGGGGCGGGGCAGCCGUGGGCGUUUCUGCGGCUGCGCGACUGGCCCUUGGAGGCUCCUUUGGCUCCUGCAGCCUCUGAGCAAAGAGCCGGGAGCGGCGAGGAGAUCUUUGGGAGAUUGAUUGUGUUUGGCCUUAGGGGGGAAAAAUGAACAAAGAUGCACAAAUGAGAGCAACUAUUAACCAAAAGCUGAUUGAAACAGGAGAACGAGAACGCCUUAAGGAAUUACUGAGAGCCAAAUUAAUUGAAUGUGGUUGGAAAGACCAGUUGAAGGCACACUGUAAAGAUGUUAUCAAGGAGAAGGGAUUAGAGCAUGUCACAGUUGAUGAUUUGGUGGCAGAAAUCACUCCGAAAGGCAGAGCCUUGGUACCUGACAGUGUAAAGAAAGAACUUCUACAAAGAAUAAGAACAUUCCUUGCCCAGCAUGCCAGCCUUUGAUUCUUUCAUUUGAGUUGUACUGUAUUCUUUUGAGUGAAUUAUGCCAGAAACUGGAAGACAUUUUUUCCAUGCUUUGCAGUUAAAAAUUCACUUUUUUUUAAAUUUUCAGUUACUGGAAGCAUACUUUGUUACAUUGAUUUCUUAAUCUUGGUAUUUUAAUAAAAAAAUGAAAUUAACCUUUGGGGUGUAUGUUGGAAAGAAAUUGCAUUUCUUGCCAUUAAAAGGAUGUUGCAUGGGUUAACACAA